AUGAAACCGAUUUUGCAAGCACAUCGGCUUCCAAAUUCUCCGAUCUCGGAACAUAUCGAAAGGAGAUUGAGGUGGAGAAAAUUCUUCUCCAAAGCUUGCAUUAAGGCAGAUCUGAUAGCAAUGGCUUCAGCUAUGAGUGGAGAUAAGGCGAAUGGUUCAGCCAAGCUGCCGGAGUCGAGUUUGAAACCCUCUCUGUUGGUGAAAACCCAUCCCGCUCCCGCGAUCGCUGUUUCCUGUUUCCAACCUCCGUUUUCUAUCUAA